AUGUCCCCGGUUGGCUCGACCCCCACAGGAUUCCCAUAUCAAACCCAGCAACCCAACAGCUACAACACCGUAGCCGAUCUCGAUCCCUAUUCGGGCCUUUCUAACGCUUCGUUUUCCAACACUCAGUCACAACUACCGUCUCAGCCACAGUACUCAGCCCCCGCAUCCCAACCGCAGACACAGCAUGGUGAUCAUCCGAGAAUGUUUGUUCAAAAGUUCAAGACCGAACUAGAGCAGUGGGAUGCAGCCGCAUGGAAACAAGUCAUGCUCCGCAUCGCUGACUUGCGCAGUGCAUGGGAAGUACGGAAGAGGGAUCUUAAUGGUGCUCUAGAGGGCGCUCGGUUCAAUGGGUGGACUCCAGGAGAGAUGCAACAAUGUCAAGCAAUGAUCAAGGAAGCUGGAGAUAAUGUUGAUACUUGCCAUGCUUCUGAGUUUCAAUUAAAGGAGGUUCUCUCUGGCUAUAGGCACUCGACCGAUCCCGCAAGUAAACAUAGGGUCCGAGAUGCUCUUAACGCGGGGUUAAGGUCUCUCCCCGAGUAUCCAUCGCCACUAUGA